AUGGACAAUAGCCAAUCAAAUACUUCCUCUCACCAACAACAAAAUUCUCCUGGACCUAAUCGCGAUCUUCCACAGCGCUCUGCAUCCGUCGUAGAUCAGUUUAAUCUCAUUCUCGGUCAUGAUUAUCCGUUCGACACCGCAAGAGCAUCAACAAGUGCACCAAAACUUCCAGUGAUGCUCCUUGAAGGCGAUAGAGG